AUGGACUUUGACCUCCGCCUGUCCAACACGGACCCAAUAGAGCGGCGGCGCUUGCAGAACCGCCUCGCUCAGCGCAAGUUUCGCCUCAAGAAAGCUGCCGACCGCGCUCACCUGCAUGAUGAUCCAUCGCCCGCCCAACCCGAGACGCAAACUCGCAAUCUCAUUUUGCCCAACCAAUCCACCAUACCCCUGAGUCCAAAUGACCCUCUCCGUAGUACCAGCCACACCAUCUUGGACCCCAACGAUGUCGAUUUUAGUCAGCUUGAUGUGAUGGGGAGUUUUCUGCCCGACGUCGGUGUCGUCGGUGUCCCGAUGGUGCAGGCACGGUUCGAACCCACUCUCGACUUGGGCUUCCCUCAAGACCCGUCCCACCAUGACAGCAACGACGGACAAAACCCACAACAAGGCCCGAUCUUGCCCCCGCCUCUAGAUCAAAUACUCUACGAGGUUCAAUCUGACAAUUCACUACGGGUUCUGUCAACGGCAGCACCCGAAGCAUCACUAGACGGAUGGGUCGGCACACUCCAUAUCGCAGCCCAGGGGGGUAACGAGGGCAUCGUACGGAUUUUGCUGCAACGGGGCCAGGUUGACUGCAACGAACAGGACAGCGACGGGCGGACGGCGCUCAUGCACGCCGUUAUCGAAGGGCACGAGGCCGUUGUGCGGUUGCUACUCGCGCAUGCCGCCCGCGUCGGAGAUCUCGACCGCGACCGACGGUCAGCGCUGCAUCUGGCCAUCUUGCAUCGACGCGAGAGCAUAUUACGCGUGCUGUUGGAUUGCCAAGACCCGGGCUUAGACCUCGAUGCGUACGAUGUCGCUGGGUGGACUCCGCUGCACAUGGCGGUUGAGCGCGGCUUUGCCGUGGCCGUGGAGCUGCUGUUGCAAAAUGGCGCGAACAUGGACACGAAGGCAAGAAAAUGUCACUUGAUGGGGAGAGGGGCCACGGGCCAUGCAGAGACAUGA